AUGACAAAGGCGUGCCUCAAAUUCCAGCAACGGAGUCGGGAAUACCGCAGCUCCUCCGGCGGGCUGCACGGACUGCGCCUGGAUCCCUGGGCCAAGCUCAUCGUGCUGAAUAAGCACAAGCAAAUCCGCGACCUCCUCGAGGCCCUCAGCACCAUCUACGACGGCCGCGGGCCCGUCCCGACACUGGACAAGAUACAUGCCUGGACCAAACCCGGUGGGCGCUACGUGGGCAGCUUUGCCUCUUGGCAGUACAACGGAGAGCUCAAGCCCGGCGGGGCGGGCGGCUCGCCAGUACAUGCUGCGGUCCGGGCAGGUCGAGAAGUUGCUGCCGAUCCAGGGCGCUCAGGGCACGCAGAUGGUCGCAAGAUGAGCCGCGAGGGCGAUGGCGUGCUGCUUCAGCUGGAGGGUGAGGCGUAUCCCGAGGCGAGAAUACUGUCCUUUGGUUCGACCAUGAUCAACGGUGGGGAGGACCGAAACGACGCCAAGCCUCUGCCCGUGUACGGGGUCGGGGCGGGCUUGAGGAACUGUCCGGGCCAAAAGAUGGCUGAGUGUUUGCGAGACAAAACACCCAGUGAACCUGUACAACAUAAUCAUCAACACACUCUUCGAUUCCCAAUGGCUGCACCCCCCAAGAUGAUCAUAGUCGGCGGCGGCCCCGUGGGUAUGACCGCCGUCCACGCCCUCACCAGGGCCGGCAUCGACUUUGUCCUCCUAGAGAGCCGACCCACGAUCGUCAUGGACGCCGGGUCCAACCUUGUCCUGUCCUUGACUGGCCUGCGAGCCCUGAGCCAGUUCGGCAUCCUGCCCGCCCUGGAAAAGUGCAGCUCCCCACUCGCCAAGUUCAGCCGGAUCGACCACCAGGGACGCGACAUUGGCGACACCAUGUUCUUUACCUACUUUCAACAAAACUUUGGUGGUUACCCCCGAGUCAUCAGCCGUCACGACCUGAUGAAGACCCUUUGGGAUGCUCUCCCCGCCGACGCACAAGCCAAGGUUCACGCCAACAAGAAGGUCUCCAACAUCCAAUCGACAGACAACGGCGUCGUCGUCGAGUGCGCCGACGGAACGUCGUACGAGGGCUCCGUGGUGAUCGGCGCCGACGGCACCUACAGCACCGUCCGCAAGCACAUGAGCGGGCUGGUCCCCAAGGAGGCCCAGCAGACCCAGAGCGGCACCGAAGGCCCCUUCCUGACCAGCUACCGCUGCUUCUGGCUGCGCUUCCCAGUCCUCCCGGGUCUCCAGCCCGGCGACGCCAGCGAGACGCACGGCCCUGACGCCACGAUCCAGGUGUUUGCCGGCGACGACUCGGCCGUGGCGGGCGUCUACGAGAAGCUGCCCGAGCCCACGCACAAGCCGCAGCGCUACAAGCCCGAGGACGAGGAGGCCUUUGUCGAAAGGUGGGGCCACCUGCCCCUGGUCGAGGGCGGCGCCAUCACCCUGGCCGCCGCCUACAAGGCCAAGCUGCAGUCCGGACUCGUCAACCUCGAGGAGGGCGUGAUCCAGAGCUGGAGCUGCGCGGGACGCGCCGUGCUGGUCGGCGACGCGGCGCACAAGUUCACGCCCUCGACCGGCGCCGGCUGCAACAACGGCAUCAUCGACGUCGUGGUCCUGGCCAACCAGCUCAACAAGCUCUAUGCGGGCGGCGCGGCCCCGUCGCGCGACGCCCUCGACGCCGCCUUUGCCGAGUACCAGGCCGCGCGCCGAGAGGUCGUCACCUCGGCGUGCAAGCUGUCGGGCGGCGCCACGUCCAUGGCGGCCUGGAGCAGCGGCCUCAUGAAGUUCCUCGACCUCUACGUCUUCUCGAGCCAGAUGGUGCAGAAGCUGUUUGUCAACAUGAACAAGAACGCGGUGGCCAAGACGCCCAUUUUUGACUAUGUCGAGGGUGAAGAGAAGCUGGUGGGCGCAGUGCCGUGGGUGAAUGCGAUACCAUCACCCAAGGCCCAAGCUGUAUAG